GUUUCAGUCGCGUUUCGCAUCAAAUUUUGUUCAAAAAUGCUCCUUAAAGUAUCUCUCGUCUUGUUCUUUGGGAUUUUCGUCGAUGCCCAAGACUUGUGUUCGGGUCCCAACGAAGCAUGGAACGACUGUGGCUCGUAUUGCAACCAAAAAUGUGGCGAAAUUGAACUUUUUUGCGAAUUUGAAUGCACUCCGGAUUGUUUUUGCGUUGAAGGUCAUCGUCGAAACAGCCUAAAUAUUUGCGUUCCCGAAGAAGAAUGUGACGUUCGUCCUCAAAUAAGUGCAAAAACUUGCUCCGGCAUCAACGAAUUCUACACAAAUUGCGGCAAUAACUGCACCGAUCAAUGUCACAGCAACGAAAAAACGUGUCGCGAUACCGAAUGUCAAGCUGGAUGUUUUUGCAGGAACGGUUACAAGCGAAAUUCGGCAGGAAUUUGUGUGCCGCCCAAACAAUGUUUCUGCAAUGACGAGACAGAAGAGUACAAAGCAGGUGAUCGUUGUUGCGAAUCUUGUGAACAAAUUUUUUGCACCCAAAAAUACGAAAUUGGAUGUUUUUGUAAAGCAGGCUUGAAACGAGAUCCGAAGACGGGAAAAUGCGUUUUGCCCGAAAAAUGUCCCAAAAGUAUCGUUGCGACGUUGUAUUGCAAGGAAAAUGAAGAGUUGAAGUGCAGCAACAAGUGUUUGGAGUUGCCUAAAGACGAACAGGGAGAAGGAUGUACGAAGGAAUGUUACUAUGAUUGUUUUUGCAAAGAAGGGUUUGUGCGAGAUUCGAAGACGAAAAAAUGUGUUGUUCCGAAAAAACAUGAAGGCUAUUAUCUUAUUCCUCAAUGUAUUUUAAAAUAUGUUCCAUUUGUGUAAAAAAAAGAUGUGAAAUUAUUUCAAUCAAUAAAUAAAAAAAAAAUUAAAAAUUUGUUUUAAUUUUUGUUUAAUUU